AUGGACAAAUACAAACGUUUAGGUUGUGAUUUAACUUUUCUUAAGGAAUGUUUAAACAAGAACAUUGUUCCUAAAGGCCUGCAGGUCUGCAAAUUUCCGAAUCGAGUGGAGGAAGAGUCAGAGUUUCAUACUGAAUUAAUACAAAUCUUUGACAAAUGUGGCUUAGAUGUUGUGAGAGCUAUUAUUGCUGAAAAUGACAGAGUGAGAAAUAUUCUUUUGAGAAAAAUGGAAUCUAUCAAUACUAGUAUUAUAAAUGACCUCCUUUUCACAGUGGAAUCAGAGAAAGCUUUAUAUCACAACAUCUUUACACAGAUAGAUAUGGAUUGUAUCAAAAAUAUGAAGAGAAAGGAAGUGUUUUUUUUUUCACAGAUACCACAUUCUGUCUGCAGUGAAAGCUGUCUACCAGGAUACCAAAAGGUUUCUCGUCAAGGGCAGCCCAUCUGUUGUUUUGACUGCUUAGCUUGUUCAAAGGGAGAAAUCAGUAACCAAACUGAUGCUGUGAACUGCCUGAAAUGUUCAGAGGAUUUCUGGUCCAAUGACAAGCGUGAUAUGUGCAUUUCAAAAAGCCUAGAGUACCUGUCCUUUGAAGACCCUGUUGGAGCAUUACUAGUUGUUUGCUCAAGCAUACUAAGUUUGUUGACAGUUUCCAUCCUCUACAUUUUCAUUAAGUUCAAGGACACUCCAAUAGUCAAGGCUAACAAUCGUGAACUCAGCUACUUUCUGCUACUGUCUCUUACACUUUGCUUCCUUUGUUCUUUUUUAUUUAUUGGCCAGCCCCUGAAUCUGAACUGCAUGUUUCGUCAAGCAGUUUUUGGUUUGACAUUUUCUCUUUGUGUAUCAUGCAUUUUAGCCAAGACUGUCACUGUGGUGAUUGCCUUUAGUGCCACAAAGCCAGACAGCAGGUUAAAAAAUUGGGUAGGAUCCAGGGUAUCCACUUCUAUUGUCAUCUUUGGAGCACUUAUUCAGGUAAUUAUAUGUCUUGUUUGGUUGUGUCUUUCUGCACCAUUCCCGGAAUUAAACAGGACUUCAAAAGAUGGUAAGAUAAUCAUUGAGUGUAAUGAAGGUUCAGUGUUUGCCUUUUGGACAAUGCUGGGAUACUUAGGUUUGCUGGCAGCUGCCUCCUUUGUGGUUGCCUUCUUAGCAAGAAACUUACCUGGUAGCUUCAAUGAGGCUAAGUACAUUACCUUUAGCAUGCUUGUGUUUGUCAUUGUGUGGCUGUCAUUUAUACCUGCAUACCUGAGCACCAGGGGGAAGUACAUGGUGGCUGUGGAAGUUUUUGCCAUCUUGGCUUCUAGUGCUGGAAUGUUGGGUUGUAUAUUCUUACCCAAAUGUUACAUCAUAAUACUGAGGCCAGAACUGAACACCAGGGGAUGUAUGGUAGGGAAAGGUGAAGCAAAGCCAUAG